AUUAUGUCAUUAGUCAUUAUUGUCUUUGACUUUGGAGUUAGUGAUUCACCGCUAUUUCUUACCUUUUGCGAUUUCGUAAAUAUUCCAUCAUUCCGUGUUUUGUAUCCGUAGUCGGACCACUAAAAUCCAGUGCUAAAUAGAUACAUAUUCACCAUGAGUCUUCAGUGGACCAUCAUCGCGACGUUUUUGUACACCGAAAUAGCCAUCGUCUGCUUGCUCGCAUUGCCGAUCGCUAGUCCUUCCAAAUGGCAAAAGUUUUUCAGGUCAAAAUUCCUGGCUUAUAUAAGCGGACAAGCGUCGAUGUACUUCCUGAUCCUUAUCGGAGUGCUAGUGUUAUGCCUGCUCGACGCCAUUCGGGAGAUGCAGAAGUAUUCGAACAUCGAGACCUCGGACCAUCAGCACCUGGACGCCGAGAUGCAGGGUAGCAUGCGUCUGUUCCGCGCUCAGAGAAACUUCUACAUCUCCGGCUUCGCUCUGUUCCUGCUAGUCGUGAUUCGCCGGCUGGUGCAGUUGAUUUCGGAAUUGGCUACUCUUUUGGCUCAGUCUGAGGCAAAUUUCCGGCAGGCGCAGAGCGCGUCCGUGGCUGCGAGGUCGCUGCUGGCCCAGGCGGGAGCCGGCGACGAGGCCUCCAAGAAGCAGCUGGAGGACUACAAGGAUCAAAUCACAGCUCUGGAGAAGGAACUUUCCAAAGAGAGAAAAGAUAAGGAGGCUGUAAAGUCGCAGGCUGAAAGUCUGUCAAAGGAGUACGACAGGCUCACGGAGGAACACAGCAAGCUGCAAAAGAAGCUUACAGUCAGCGGCGACAAGAAAGAUGAGUAAUUCUAAGAUUGUUUACUGUUCAAAGUCCAUUCUCAUUUGCUAAUCUAUGUAGCGCUAAACAUAAUUGAUUGCAAACACUGACUUGCUUCAACUUUCCAGUGAGAUAGGAAAUAACAAACACUUAACUGAAUGAUUUGUGGACCUUGUACCCAUGUAAGAAGGUUUACCAGUUUGUGUUAUUUGAAGAAACAUACUUAAUGGUUAUGUAUGUUUAUUGAAGGUUAGCAAGCAGUUAAAGUUGGUAAACAACAUUCUUCCAGCAUUGUAACAUCUGAACUUUGGCAAUUUAUUGGUCAUUCUAAUAUUACAUUUUCUGUGAUUUGUCUGAGAAGUGCUAAUAAAUUUAGCUUCUUGAACGAAAUGUUUGCUAAAGUUAUUCCAGAUGUUAAGAGCAUAAUUAUUAAAUUUCCUUCUGCAAUUUUUAAUCUUUUUUAUGAAAUUAUUUGUUACACUGGAAUUCUUGUAUUUAAUUAUAACUAAUGAGGUCAACAUACUACUAUGUUGCUUUGUUGCAAGAACAAAUAUUUAAAAAGCAUUACUCGCUAUUUAUAAAAUAAUUGCACAUGCCAGUACUACUUUUAAUCUUCAAUCCGAAGUGCCUAUAUGAUCAUUCUAUUCAGAGUUGAAGGUUUCUGAAGAUUUUUUAGGUAUGCUCAUAGUGUGAACCAAUCUAGCCAUGGGCGAAGUCGCAUCUGCGAGGCCCUUUUCAUUCAAUGUGUAUUCCGAAGAUAAUAAAAAGGGUUCGCUCCCACGAGGCUCCUUAAGUGCGAGACCAUGGGCGCGCGCCCACUUCACCCAUGCCACUGGGUAUGCUUAUUUUAAUUUGAUUAAUGUUUUUAGUCAGCAUUUAAUUGAAGUUAUGUUUGUAGUUCAUACUUCUACUAUUUCUAUUGUUUUUGUUAUGUAUAAGACUAAAGCAUAAUGAAAACUAUAUUUUUUAUAGUAAAAAACUAUAGUUUUCAUCCAUGUCAUGUGUCAAUUUGGAAUAAAAUGAUGACACAUUUACAUUUCUAGUUGUCAAAAGCCUACAAUGUAAUUUUUAUAUUAAUCCUCAGACUCAGUAUCUUAUAUGAGAAUUGUGUUAAGGUACAAACAAGUUGCUUACAUCGUUAACUAGGUGUAGCUUUCAAAUUAGGUGUCUAUAUAAACUAUAGUUAUCCCAGAGUGCAUAGCGUGUCAAUCGUUUAUGCUCCAUAGCGAACAAAACACAACUGUUACUGUCCCACUAAUAUGGAAGAGUGAUAGAGACACAAAGUGUUUUGUUAUCGUAGCGCAAACAAUUGUCACCUUGGCAAGGUCCCCUGAUGUGCCAGAUUGUUUCAUUAUAUUUGGGAAUUUGUCUAAUCCCCGAGUCAAUAGUCUGUCUAAGCUAACUCUGCACCAACUUUAACUUGACAAAGUGUGUAAGUCCUGUUUUAAAAUGUCAUAUUUUCAUAGUACUUUCAUGUAAAGAGGGCCUACCGCGAACCACGUACGACGUGUUGCCUUCCUGUCACACUUACAUACGAAUUUACAAGUACGAUAGAGAGGCAACACGUCGAACGUGGUUCGCGGUAGGCCCUCUGAUGUAGUGCAUAAUUGUUUUCCAUCGUAUUUUCUCGGAAACAUUCAUAUUUGUCAUGCUAGUUCAGUCAAUGUCAGUACUUUCUGUACCGAGACUGACUGAAAUAGCAAGACACAUUCGUACGUUUCCAUGAAAAUACGAUGGAAAAUAAUUAUGCACUACAUCUGUAUGUGACAUUUCCACUCACUAUUAUUGGAAAUUCAGAGUUAGUGUGCAGUGUGCAGAGUUAUUUCUGUCCGACUACUUAGAUUUAAAGUUUAUUUAUUUAUUAAAAGCUUAUUUGUAUAUGCAUUGUGAACUAGCCAUUUAAUACACUUAUGUGCAUUGAAAAUGGGUCACUUUAAAUGGAAAUCUCUUAAAAAAGAGCCAUUUUCUUUGCUUUUGUGUUGUAACAGGCAAGGCCGCUCAAAAUAAUCUGAUCAUGGUCUAAUCAUUGACCUGAUCCCUAAGAUGUUUUUAAUGGCUUAUCUAAGUAGAUGUGGUCCAAGGGAAGGGAUAGGAAUAGCAUUGUGUAAGGGAUUGUUAUUUACUAAGUUUCUCUAACAGCUAUUCAUUGGUGUGUUAUUUUUGGUAAUUUUAAUAAAAAUAAUUUUUAC